GUGAUUUACAAAUUCAGAAUCUUCGGUUACACUCAGCUCAACUCACCUCUGCCAUCAGCAUGUCCUACAGCUGCAGUUCUGGAAACUUCUCCUCCCGUUCCUGUGGAGAUCACCUGAACUACCCCCACUCCUCCUGUGGCUCUUCCUACCCCCGCCACCUGAUCUACAGCACUAACUUCUGCUCUCCCAGAACCUGCCAUGUGGGCUCCUCUCUCCGCAGCGGCUGCCAUCAGAACUGCUUCCAGCCCAUCAGAUGCCAGACUUCCCACGUGGUGCAAAGCUCCUGUCAGCGGCCCAGCUACAGCUCCAGGGUCUCCAGCCUCUGCAGUCCCUGCAGGACCACAUAUGCUGGCUCUCAGGGCUUCGGGUCCGGCAGCUGUCACUCCCUGGGCUAUGGGUCAAGGAGCUCUUACUCACUGAGCUGUGGAUCCAGUGGCUUUAGACCCCAUGGCUUCUCUUCCCUGGGCUAUGGAUCUGGAUUCUGCCACCCAUCCUAUGUCCCCUACAGAACCUGCCAGUCUUCUUGCUACAGACCAAGCUGUGGCACUGGAUCUGGAUUCUACUGAUCUUCUUUCUAAUUUCCAUUCUUGCUGACCACUGUCACCCACUGUCCUGGAUUCGUGGCCGUUGUUAUUUUCCUUUGACCAGGAAGAAUUCUCCUCUCAUUUCCUGAUUGCCAAUUCCUCACUUACUCUCUGACCCCAGAUACUGGCUGAUGGGUGACCUUUGAGAAGACUGUAAUUAAUCUAUUAACUCAAAAAUAAAGUGUGCAUUACAAAUGAAAUUUA